AUGCACUUCACUACUCAAGCCCUUGUUGCUCUGCUCGGUGCCUCUCUGGCCUUGGCUGCCCCAACUCAGGCAUCUGAUUACAAAGAGAGCUGCAAGAAGGAGUUUGACAAGGUGUGGAACUCACACGAUGACAAGUGGUGGAAGAAGGAGAAGACCUUCUACUUUGACACUGAGUAUGUCGUAAAGGCCACUCCUGACCAAGUCAUUGCCAACAGCGGCGUUCCUACACCUGGUGAGCACGGUGCACGUGGCCUUUUCAAGUACGGCAUCAAUAUCGCAGAGAACGUAAUCUGCUACAACAUCACCCUCAGCGGCGUGACUGGCCAAUAUCAAAGCCCAGCAAUAACCGCGACACACAUCCAUGAGGGCGUUAAGGGCAAGCCCGGCCCACCCCGCCUGGCCUUCCCUAACCCAACUAGUCCCGACUACCGUUGCAAUUCUGUUGGAUGCUUGAAAGGCCCCCUCUUCGUCAACGUGACCAACUCAGCGACCGGUAAAGAUCAAGCCGAUGGCUUUCACGUCUCUCAGAUUGUUAAGGACCCCAAGAGUUUCUUUACCGAUUCGCAUACCUCCAUGUUUAUUGCUGGUGCUGUUCGCGGGCAGCUUCCUGGCUACUAA